AUGGAUUCGAGGACAAGGUUAAACGCCUCUUCAAGCAGCCAUCAAGCGGCAGGAAAGAAUCUCCACCAUCGCCCUCUGGCAGGCAAGUGGAGCGGCCACCGGGAAGAACUAACUGCCCGACUUGGUCACCAGCCGACUGCAGCGGACCUUCCGGAGCUUCUGUGUAGGCCCGACUUCGACGUCCUCCCUCCGGACCCAGAAGAAAAAGGCAUUUUGCUGGCCAAUGCCGACGAAGCCUUCCGGCUAUUCUACAAAAUGCAACUCGAAGAACUAGGGUCAUUGUUGAUUGCUAGAAAAUGCAAGCCCUGUGUAAGUGAGCAAAUUGAACUACAUGGUUUUUGUGAUGCCUCACAAGAAGCAUAUGGAGCGUGCAUAUACGAAUAUGUAGACGAGGAUGGUCAAGUUUAUAGCAGAUUGCUGUGUUCAAAGUCACGAGUAGCACCACUUAAAGGGUCGACGAUUCCAAGACUUGAGUUAUGUGGAGCCCUAGUUCUAGCUCAGCUUGCUAUUAAGGUGGCGUCGGCGUGGGAUGUUGAUCAAAUAUUAGAGAUAACUGAUCCGAAGCAAUGGAGGUAUGUCAAGACUGAAGAGAAUCCUGCUGAUUUAGUCUCAAGAGGAGUUAAGCCACACGAGCUAGAUGUUUGCAGCAAGUGGUGGAAUGGGCCAGUGUGGUUGUCCCAGGCAAGGGACAAAUGGAACGUUGUUGAUACUCCCACACAAGACAUUUCGGAACUCCCAGAACAGCGUCCUAACCAGCUAACGCUACUGGCAGUAGACCCGCUAAAGAAUAUUAUGACCAAAUACUCCACGUGGAGUCGUCUUCUACGUGCAGUUGCAUGGAUUCUGCGAUUCGUUAAGUACGUCAUAUCCAAACGUCAAGCACAACAAACGAGGUACUUAUCAGUUCGAGAUCUCAGAGAUGCUGAAAAUUUCUUAAUACGAAGAGCGCAAGCAGAAGAGUUUGGAGAGGAGAUCAAAGCAUUAAACGAUCAGAAGGAGAUACCACACAGCAGUAAGUUACAUGCUUUAAACCCAGUAAUAAGAAACGAGUUAUUAGUAGUAGGUGGUUGUUUAACCAAUGCCAACAUUUCAGAAGAGCAAAAAAGGCCAAUUGUGCUACCCGUAGAUCAUACAAUUACACAACUUAUUUUCAAGGAUCGACAUCGGAAUCUACUACAUGUUGGCCCUCAAGCACUCUUAGCUGAUAUAAGGCGCCGUUACUGGCCUCUGCGGGGGCGAAUGAUUGCAAGAUCCAUUGUAAAACAAUGUGUAACAUGUAUUCGAGCUAAGCCAUCAUUUCAAUAUCCCUUAAUGGCUCCAUUGCCCAAGGAUAGAGUUAUCUGUAGUCGACCAUUCACAACUACUGGGAUAGACUUCGCAGGGCCGUUAACCAUUCGUAGUGGGAUUCGAGGACGUCCGGGUAAAAAGGCAUGGGUGGCUAUGUUCAUCUGCUUCGCAACCAAGGCAAUUCAUAUUGAAGUGGUAGAGGAAUUAACUAAAAAUGCCUUCAUAGCUGCGCUUAGGAGGUUUAGUGCAAGGAGAGGUAAACCUGCCACCAUUUGGAGUGAUAAUGGUACGAACUUUGUAGGAGCGCAAAGGGAGCUAACAGCAUAUACUAAGAAAAUUGAAGCGGAACUAGCCAAUGAAGGGAUCAGCUGGCGUUUUAACCCACCAGCUAGUCCACAUUUUGGAGGAUUGUGGGAAGCUUCGGCAUGUUUAAUGUUAAGUGAGCUUCAGACCUUACUGUGUCAAAUAGAAGCCUGUCUAAACUCACGUCCGUUAACGCUAUUAAGUAGUGAUCCGAACGAUCUUGAACCUCUGACACCGGCCCACUUCUUCAUAGGGGGACCCAUAACUCUACCCUCUGAGCCAGAUGUGCCGGAAGAUAAUAUGGUUGGGUUACGUAGAUGGAAGUUGGUACAAGGGAUAUUACAAAAAUUUUGGAACAGAUGGCGGAAUGAGUAUCUUCCCCAACUUCAAAUUAGAGGAAAGUGGAGAACCAGAAGAGAAGCAUUAAAGGUUACCGAUAUAGUGAUUGUAAAAGAAGAUAAUUUGGCUCCCACCAUGUGGAAAAUAGCACGUGUCACAAACCUACACCCAGGUAAGGACGGUCAUGUAAGAUACGUUACCAUACGUACAUCAAGCGGUACAGAGAUGAGGCGUCCAGUAGUUAAAUUAUGUCAUCUGCCAGUACUCGAAGGAGAGCAAACAGUUGGAAAUUAA